GCACACAGGUUAGUAACAUGUGUCUUGAAAUGUUCAGUGCAGUUCCUGUGGUAGAGCGCUGCGCAGCGCCUGCUCACACCCCCUUUCGCUUCUGUUUUCUGUCUAAAUAGAUUGUGCCAAACCACAAUUUGCAGCGGUUUACGUUUGCCUGCUUACGCUGCCGUUACGUGUCUUUUUACAUAAAGACUCAAGAUUUCUGGCUUACUUGAGGCAUCGGAUUGAACAUCGCUGUACGGUACAGGAAGCUGCGCUGAGAAUAAGAGCUUCAUAUAUAGACACGUAUUAUGCAGUAUGGAGGUAAUUUGGGAACAUGCAGGCUCAGGAAGUCCUGAGACAGCUGCGAAUUCCUGAGUUUGAUGACGUCCGGCAGUACAUGCGAGCUCUUCCUACUAAUGCUUUGAUGGGCGUAGGUGCUUUCGCUGCCAUCACUACGUACUGGUUUGCCACACGACCAAGAGCCCUGAUGCCACCCUGUGACCUCUCACUCCAGUCAGUAGAGCUGCCUGGUGAAGAACGUGCCAGAAGGUCAACUCUAACCACUGACAAUGAGUACCUGACGCACUAUUACAGUGAUGCCUGUACAAUGUAUGAGGUCUUUCACAGGGGAAUGCGAGUCUCAAAUGAUGGACCGUGUCUUGGAUCAAGAAAACCUAAUCAGCCCUAUGAGUGGCAGUCCUAUUCUGAGAUAUCUACCAAAGCAGAGGGCAUUGGCUCUGCACUUCUUCACAAAGGACACUCACAAACUGGAGACAAGUUCAUUGGGAUCUUUUCUCAGAACAGACCAGAGUGGACCAUUGCAGAAUUGGCCUGUUACACGUACUCCCUUGUGGCUGUGCCCCUGUAUGACACUCUUGGUAGAGAAGCCAUUGACUAUGUUUUGCAGCAAGCAUCUAUUUCUACAGUGAUCUGUGAUGUAGCUGAUAAAGUCAAAAUGCUCCUGGAGAAUGGCAGUAUGAAAGGGGGGACAGUGAAGACUGUUGUGCUGAUUGAGGCAUUUGAUGAUGAUUUGGUCAAACAGGGAACAGAGGCUGGCAUCGACAUUAAAAGCUUCAAAGAUUUUGAGGCCUUAGGACAUGCCAAUCACCAAACUCCACAGCCCCCCAAAUCAGAUGACCUGGCACUGAUCUGCUUUACAUCUGGAACCACAGGGAACCCAAAAGGUGCUAUGUUAACUCAUGGAAAUGUUAUCUCCAACACGGCAGCGUUUAUCAAAAUUACACAGGUACAUUGCACGCUGAGUGUCAAUGAUGUUCAUGUGUCCUAUCUGCCUCUAGCUCACAUGUUUGAGAGGGUGGUACAGUCUGUUGUCCUCAUCCACGGAGGUCGUAUCGGAUACUUUCAGGGAGAUAUUAGGCUUUUAAUGGACGAUUUGAAAACCCUUCAGCCGACUGUCUUUCCUGUUGUGCCCCGCCUUUUAAACCGCAUGUUCGAUAAGAUAUUCAGUCAGGCAAACACACCAAUGAAACGGUGGCUUCUAGACUUUGCUUUCAGAAGGAAGGAAGCAGAACUGCGCAAUGGUGUGGUCAGACAAGAUAGUCUAUGGGACAAACUGAUCUUUAAAAAAGUUCAGGCAAGUCUGGGAGGCCGAGUGAGGAUGAUGAUCACCGGAGCAGCACCAGUGUCACCAGUCAUCCUGACAUUUCUACGAGCUGCUUUGGGGUGUCAGUUUUAUGAAGGCUAUGGACAGACUGAAUGCACAGCCGGUUGUUCAAUGUCGAUGCCUGGAGACUGGAGCGCAGGACACGUUGGGCCUCCUCUUCCAUGCAACAUUGUGAAACUGGUGGAUGUAGCAGAAAUGAAUUACCUGUCAGCCAAUGGGGAAGGAGAGGUGUGUGUGAAAGGACCAAAUGUGUUCAAGGGCUACCUAAAGGACCCGGAAAAAACGGCAGAAGCGAUUGACCAGGACGGGUGGCUGCACACAGGGGAUAUUGGCAAAUGGCUUCCUAAUGGUACUUUGAAAAUUAUUGACCGGAAGAAACAUAUUUUUAAGCUGGCUCAAGGAGAAUAUAUUGCUCCAGAGAAAAUUGAAACCGUUUAUAAUCGUUGUGAUCCAGUUGCACAAAUAUUUGUACAUGGUGACAGUUUGCAGGCUUGUCUAGUUGGGAUAGUUGUCCCGGACCCUGACUAUUUGCCUCUAUGGGUCAAGAAAAAGGGAAUUGAGGGGUCUUACUCUGAACUUUGCAGCAACAAGGAGGUGAAAAAGGCCAUUCUGGAGGAUAUCCUGAGAUUGGGAAAAGAGGCUGGACUCAAGUCUUUUGAACAGGUGCGAGACAUCACCCUCCAUCCCGAGCUGUUCUCGGUGCAGAACGGUCUCCUCACACCGACAUUAAAGGCUAAGAGAGCUGAACUACGCAGUCACUUCAGAGACCAGAUUGAUGCAAUGUAUGCCAGCAUUAAAAUGUAGAUAUGGACCUCAUCAAUGCUGUAAAAUCACUUUUACCAUUUCAGGGCUUUAUUAUGUGAGCAGAUGUACUAAGAUAGAAUAUGUAUUUAUUUGAAAGUGAAAUUUUCCAUAGCAGUGGGUACACAAGUAUAUAAAGUAAAUAAAUGGUCAAAUUAUUGGUUAUCUAUUUAUGUACAUUUAAUAAUAAUAUGUCUGCUAAAAUAAUCAAUUAUUUCACAAGAUUCCUAAAAUACUGAGUGUUUCAGGCUUAAAUAAAUCCAGAUUCAGUACAAUCUGGUUAGUCCCUUUAUGAAAAACUACAGUAUUUGUAGUUAGUUAGUACUAAUCAGACUUGUACACAAAGUGCACUUUUUAAAGCUUCCUGAAAUGAUUCUCCCAGAAAGUUGAAUUUGUACUGUAAGAAAAACCUAACAGAUAAAUCUGCCACAUGCAAAUAAUCAUAUCAAUUUUUGACUUUAAACACAUUUCAAAAUAUUUCAACAGGAUAUGCAGCUUUUGCAGUUAAUGAUUUCCAAAUACCACUAUGAAACAUGUCAUUUGGCUUGUUAGUUUCCUUAAUAAAAGCAUUUGUAAAAAAAAAAAAAAAUUUAAAUAAAAUACGUAUGACUUUCCUGGUUGUUACUG